AUGAUUGGUGCGGCAAAUGCUGAAAUUAGAGAACAGAUUAAUGAGGAAUUGGAGGAGCAUUUUGACUCCCCAAAGGUUAUCUUUAACCUUGAGAAUGUUACCCGUAUGGACAGUAGCGGACUCGGCACGUUGGUAUCUGUGAACGUGACGGUCUCCCGCAAAGGCGGACGGACGGCUCUCGUCAACGCAGGCGCGCAUAUCCGCAACCUUCUCAUCCUCGGACGCUUAAUGAGCGUAUUUGAGAACUACAAUAGCGAAGAAGAGGGAAUCCUCGCCCUAACCUCUGAGGAGAGCUAA